AUGCUCAAGGACCGUCUCAAUGCGCUGGGAUUCUCUCUGGAGCAGAGGCUGGAUGGUUCUGACAAGUUACUGAACUACCCAUCCGUCAGCCCUGACUUGGCGGCUGGCGGUGGGCAGAGUGAGGGCGGAGCCACCCUGACUUCCUCAGUGGAGGGGUCGGCCCCUGGUUCCUUGGAGGAUCUACUCAGUGGUCAACAGCACGGUGGGUCAGUGGACAAUCUGGACAGCGAAUCCAGUGAGGUCUAUCAGGCUGUCACCUCCAGCGACGAUGCGCUGGACGCCCCCUCGGGAGCCUCCUCAUCCUCCGAAUGCGAGUCUGCUCCCAGCAGAGAGCGUUCACGGAGGGGCAGCAGUGGAAAUGCCAGCGAGGUGUCAGUCGCCUGUCUUACGGAGCGCAUCCAUCAGAUGGAAGAGAACCAGCAUAGUACCGCUGAGGAGCUGCAGGCCACAUUGCAGGAGCUGGCUGAUCUGCAGCAAAUCACCCAAGAGUUGAACGGGGAGAACGAGCGGCUCGGCGAGGAGAAAGUCAUCCUCAUGGACUCGUUGUGCCAGCAGAGCGACAAGCUGGAGCUGUACGGUCGACAGAUAGAGUACCUGCGCUCCUUGCUGGACGAGCAUCAUGUCUCGUACGUGCUCGAGGAGGACAUCAAGAGCGGGCGCUACAUGGAGCUGGAGCAGCGCUAUGCCGACCUGGCGGAUAACGCCCGCUUUGAGAGAGAGCAGCUGCUGGGGGUGCAACAGCACUUGUCCAACACUUUGAAGAUGGCGGAGCAGGACAACGCCGAAGCCCAAGAGGUGAUUGGAGCCCUGAAGGAAAGGAACCACCAAAUGGAGCGCGUCAUGGACUCGGAGCGACAAGAACGGGCAGCCAUGGCAGCUGCGCUUGAGGAAUAUAAAGCGGCAGUGAGCAGUGACCAGGCGGAGCUGAGCCGCUGCCGAGCCCAGUUGGACCAGGAGAGGCAGAGGGUUGCUGAGCUCUACUCUCUGCAUACAGCGGGGGACAAAAAUGAUAUCUGCCAGCUUUUGGAAAGUGCGCGACAGGGGAAGGAGGAGGCUGAGGCCAAGGCCGCGAAGUUGCAGGAUGAGCUGGAACAAGCUCACAGUGACCUUGCCCUACUGCAGGAUACUCUGAAUAAGCUUGACAGGGAAUACAGAGACUUCCAGCAGCAGGUGCAGCAGCAGAUGGCUGAGCAAGCGCACGUGCUGGAGAAACAGCGUGUGGAGCUGCAGGAGAAGGAGACGGAGAUCGUCGACAUGAAGGAAACCAUCUUUGAGCUGGAAGACGAAGUGGAGCAGCACCGAGCACUGAAACUACAUGACAACCUCAUCAUCACCGACCUUGAGAGUAAGAACCCUGCGCUCACGCACUCACACACAUUGAUGCAACAUCAUGUGUGUGUGUUUUUU